AUGGCCCCAGGCAUGUCCAUCGUGACCAAGUUGAAAGUCCAACUGAAAUUGGCGAUCGCGCGCCUGCGCAUGGUUCAGCAGCGCGAUGAGCAGCUGGGCAAGGCGCAACGACGGGCAAUGGCCCAGCUCCUCGAAGUUGGAAAGGUCGACUCUGCCACCAUCCGAGUCGAGGGAAUCAUUCGUGCCGACAUCAUAUCCGAGCUGCAUGAGCUGCUAGAGCUUUACUGCGAGCUCCUGCUGGCGAGAGCGGGGCUGCUGGAAGGCCCGGUCUGCGACCCAGGGCUGGAAGAGGCUGUCAAGAGCAUCAUAUAUGCCGCCCCCAAGACAGAGAUCAAGGAGCUGGGGGUGGUGAGGAAUUUACUGGCGGAGAAGUACGGCAAGGAGUUUGUCCUGACGGCCAUAGAUAACCUGGAUGGGAAGGUGAGCGAGAGGGUUGUGAAGAAGCUUAGCGUAGAGCCGCCGAAGCCGGAGCUUGUUCAGGGCUAUUUAGAGGAGAUUGCCAAGGCAUACGGUGUGAACUGGCCAAGGCGCGCGGAGGAGCCUCCCGAGCUGCUUGACGACCUCGACGAUGAGGACGACAACCCGUCUGGUGGGCAGGCACAGAAGGUGCUGGAGGAGCCCUUGGCAGCUGAACAGAGCACGACGGGGGUUGGGGGUGACGCCAAGGUUCAGGGAACUCCCGUGAAGCGCGCACCUGGGCCACAGAGCCCGCUGACUGUGACACCGCCGAGGAUGACGACGGAGAAUGUCCAUCCCAAGGUGACGUUGGGCUCCGUGGAGUUGAAGCCGACCAAACGGGCAGAGGAGCCGCGGAAAAAGAACGAGCCAGACGGGUCGGUGCCAGAUAUUACCGAUCUAGAGAGAAGGUUCGCCGCCUUGAAAAAGAGGUAG